GUUGUAGAUGGACCUAUAAUGAAGAAAGUUUUUGUUGCCGGGCCGAGGGAUUUGAAAAUAUUACAAGUCUAUUCCAUAUGGGAGGGCUCACCUUCAGUCGAAAUAGUGAAUGAAGUGGACAUUCAGUGUGUAUUUAUUCGGCGACGUCGUAUGCUCAAUAAAUUACCGCUUCAAGCUCACUUCUAUCCAAUGCCUGCUUCUGCUUACAUUGAAGAUACUUCUACAAGGUUGUCGCUUCUUGGAGCUCAAGCGCUUGGAGUCGCUAGUCUUAAGCCCGGUGAGCUUGAAGUGAUGUUAGAUCGUCGUCUGAAUCAAGAUGACGGACGAGGAUUGGAUCAGAGCGUUUUGGAUAAUCACCGCACUUUGUCAAGAUUUCGACUUCUGAUUGAGCCACUCUCAUUUGAUAAGGACAGUGUUAACGAAAGAGUUGGAUUUUACUCGAUGGUUGGGCUAGCACAAAGUAUGGAGGUACACUAUCCAGUGAUUAGGAUGCUUUCCAAAGGUAAUCUGAAGUAA